UUUGAAUAAACCGAUAACUCCGAUCUAGUAGUAGUAUUCUUCAAAGCGAAAUCGCACAAGUUUUUCCGUAGCCACUGAGAGAAGAAGGAUGACGUCACCGAGUCAUGCACCUGAUCACGGCGGCGACUCGGUCGAAACUCGGUCUCCUGAGCUCAGGAAGGAUCCGGUGACUAACCGGUGGGUCAUUUUCUCUCCCGCUCGGGCCAAGAGACCGACUGAUUUUAAAUCCAAGUCUCCCCAGAGCAAUAAUCCUAAACCUUCGUCUUGCCCCUUUUGCAUCGGCCGUGAGCACGAGUGCGCUCCGGAGAUAUUUCGUGUGCCGGAUGACCCGAAUUGGAAAAUCCGGGUCAUCGAGAACCUGUACCCGGCUCUAAGCAGGAAUCUCGAGACCCAAUCGAAGCAACCCGAGACGGGUACAAGUCGGACUAUAGCCGGGUUCGGAUUCCACGACGUGGUGAUCGAAUCCCCUUCUCACUCGGUUCAGCUCUCCGAUAUCGAUCCGUUUGGUAUCAGCGACGUCUUGAUCACGUAUAAGAAGAGGAUCGAGCAGAUCGCGCAACACGAUUCGAUCAGUUACAUUCAGGUCUUCAAGAACCAAGGUGCGUCGGCGGGAGCAUCAAUGAGUCACUCUCACAGUCAGAUAAUGGCUCUCCCGGUUGUUCCUCCGACAGUUUCUUCACGACUUGAUGGUACAAAAGCUUAUUUCGACGAGACUGGGAAGUGUUGUCUUUGUGAAGCUCAAUCUAAACAUUUUGUGAUCGAUGAGUCGUGCCAUUUUGUUUCCGUUGCUCCUUUCGCUGCUACGUUCCCCUUUGAGGUUUGGAUUGUUCCCAAGGAUCACUCUUCCCAUUUCCAUCAUCUCGAUGACGCCAAGGCUGUUGACCUUGGAGGCCUUCUGAAACUCAUGCUUCAGAAGAUUGCGAAGCAACUUAACGACCCUCCUUAUAAUUACAUGAUCCAUACGUCUCCCCUCAAGGUGACGGAAUCACAGUUACCUUAUACGCACUGGUUCUUACAGAUCGUACCUCAGCUUUCUGGGGUAGGUGGGUUUGAGAUUGGCACAGGGUGUUACAUAAACCCAGUUUUCCCGGAGGAUGUAGCAAAGGUUUUGCGGGAAGUUAGCCUCACUUGAACCCGGUUUUGUUCUCCUAACCUGAGGUUCUACGCGGAAGUCAUCGGCGUGGGAUUUCGUCGUAUUUUUAUCUCUGUUGCAGAAGAAGAUGUUUCACUGACUCUUGACUCUCAAACCAAAAUCACAGAAUGAGUUUACUGAAUAAUGUGUGUCACUGGCUCUUGACUCUGCGUUGUAUGCACAUUGUAUCAGAGUUGAGACAAAGCCUUCCAUCGACUUCUUGCUCGUUUAUGCAACACCUAUAUGCUUUAUUAUGUUUAAUGCUCCAAACAUUAACGAAAAUCACAUGGCGUUUUUCUGUUGACAUUCUCAACGAAACGGUGUCGUGUUUUCAGUCACACAGUCAACCAAAAACGUUUUGAGUCAAUUUUUCGUUUGACCAAUUUGGUACUCAUGGCGGCAGCUUCUUCGUCAGUUUAUUCUCCGCCCUUCUCCCUCGCCGGCCGUGUCGCGAUAGUCACCGGUUCAUCUCGUGGAAUUGGCCGAGCCGUAGCCAGACACCUCGCCGAGCUCGGCGCGAAGAUUGUCGUCAACUACACCAGCAGAUCCACUGAGGCCGAUCAAGUCGCCGCGGAAAUCAACUCGUCCGCCGGCGUUGUUGGUGCUUCUGAACCGAUAGCCAUCGUGUUCCGCGCUGACGUCUCGGAGCCGAGCCAGGUUGAGUCUCUCUUCGACGCCGCGGAGAAAGCCUUCAAAUCGCCGGUUCACAUCCUGGUUAACUCGGCUGGGAUCGCCGAUCCAAACUACCCUACUAUCGCCAACACUCCCAUUGAAGACUUCGAUCGCAUCUUCAGAGUGAACACAAGAGGAUCAUUCCUGUGCUGUAAAGAAGCUGCAAAGAGGCUAAAACGAGGAGGCGGUGGUCGGAUCAUACUCCUUACUUCGUCAUUAACAGAGGCGUUAAUCCCAGGACACGGAGCUUACACAGCAUCAAAGACAGCGGUUGAGUCAAUGGUGAAGAUUCUUGCCAAGGAACUCAAAGGUUCGGGAAUCACUGCAAACUGUGUUUCUCCAGGGCCUGUCGCGACUGAGAUGUUCUUCGACGGGAAGAGCGAGGAGACGGUGAGGAACAUCAUCGAAAGCAGCCCUUUUGGUCGGCUUGGUGAGACCAGAGACAUUGCUUCCGUUGUUGGGUUCUUAGCUACUGAUGGUGGUGAGUGGAUCAAUGGGCAAGUCAUUGUUGCUAAUGGUGCAUUCCUCAAAUGAUUGAGGUUUAUUUCUUAAAAAACCUGUUCCUCUGUUCAAUGUUUAAUCCUCUGAAAUUGAUAUAUACUAAAUUUUUGUUCGAAUUAUUUCAAAAGCCAAAAAUCCAAUCAAGAAGCAAAACCGGAAAGCUCAUAAUGCCAUACAGAGCACUAACAUACUAACCAGACCCAAUAGAACCAUACUAUAGUUAUGACCACAAUGUCCUGAUGUUGGAUCUCCGAUCUGAAUCGGAAAAUUACACUCUUGUCGAGAGAUAUUCCGGGUGGUGAUCAUAGCAAGCCCCUCAAAGUCACACGCCUCUGCUUUCUGAUUCUGCACCUGAAAAUACAUGUUGAACGCAUACGACGCGUUCCCGACCUCAUCAAGAUCACCACAAGAGGAACCAUACCCUAAAGAGGUGCAGUCAGAGAAAGUACACGCGUAGUUAACGUUAUCACCAAGCUGGUUAACGUUGUUACUGAAACUGUGUCCAUUAGGAUUUAGCAUGCACCAUUGUCUCUGCAAGUACUGAACACUCUGAGCUCCGGUCAAGAUCUUCUUCUGACCUUUCCCUGACAAAUCCGCCGGGAAUUUCGGUUGGCCAUCGUAUUUAAAUAUCCCCCAGUGACGUUCAAAGUUUCCAGGAGCUAUACUCUUUGCAUCUUCAUCGAUGAAACCGAAGAGAUAAACUUCUAUGUAACCGGGACGCAAAGGUGUUCCUCUGUUCGCUGCUAGCUUCGGAAGCAGACCUGCGUAGAAGCGUUCUGCGUUUGGGAUAUGAGCGUUCUUGUCACCAUCCGUUGGCCAACCAACUUCUCCGACAAUAACCUUCAUGUCUCCGUGGCCCAAUGCUCUAAGCGAAGCCAAGAGGGUGUCGAAAUUGGCGUCGAAGACGUUUGUGUAGAUAACGCCGUUGUCGUUAACGGUGUUUCGGCCGUUGAAGAAAGCGUAGUCGAAAGGGAAGUCGCUGCUUAGGUAAAGGCUUAGGAAAGGAUAAAUGUUGACUGUGAACGGAGCUUUGUUAUGAGCUAAGAAGUUGACUAUGAGUUUCAUCUCUUCAAAGAUGUCUUGACGGAACCUUCCGGCGGAAGGAACUGGGUUUUCCGGCGGAGAAUUGUAGACGUCGGCGUUUGAAGGUACGGUGGCUUUGAUGAAAUCUCCGACUCCGGCUUCGUUUAAUGCGUUUUGGAUGUUGAAGAGUGCUGGAUAAGUUAGGUUUAUGAAUGAUCCAUUGUAAGAUGCCAAGAACGGCUCAUUCCCGACGGCGACUUACUUGAUUUUAACGGCGUCGUUGAAACGAGUGAUGUUUCUUCUGACCCAGUCUUUAGCUCUGUUAUAGCUUCCCAUGGCUUUGAGCUGAUCGUUAGGGAUUGCCACCAUAACUUCGAUGCCGGAGCCGGCAAGAGCUCCCAUGGUGUUUGUGUCGGCGUCGAAAAGCUUCACUUUCUGUACGUUGUUGUCUUUCAGCAUCUGUACCACCGUCCUUGGAGGUAGCUGAUGAGUUGCCAUCGUUCCCCAGUUUACUCCUAAGGCGGAGACGUUUCCGGAGAAUAAAGAUACGACGGAGAUGGUGAUGCAGAGGAAGAUGUAGGUGGUGGUGCCCUGUUUCCGAGGAUUACUCAUUUUGUGUUUACUCUGUUUUUAGGCGCCUUUCGAAGAAAAAAAAAUAUAUGAUGAUCUGGGAUUUUGAUGAUUUACCCAAAAAUAUUUGUGCUUUGCAGGAAAAUAAUCAGUAAGGGUUUUAUUGUUGGUCUA